CUACUCGCGCUACAGUCGCUACUUUGAUCUUCUUCUUCGAAUUCUAAAGCUCGUCAAUGGAUCUUCUCCAGAACCCUCCCGCCACCACCACGGUUGGUCUAUCAGAGACUUUCGCUAGGUUAAAGACACAAGGCAAAGUGGCUCUGAUUCCAUAUAUCACAGCUGGUGAUCCAGAUCUUUCCACUACAGCAAAAGCUCUUAAAGUGCUUGAUUCGUGUGGCUCGGACAUUAUCGAACUCGGUGUUCCUUACUCUGAUCCAUUGGCUGAUGGUCCAGCAAUCCAGGCUGCUGCGAGACGUUCGUUACUUAAAGGAACCAACUUUAACUCCAUUAUCACUAUGCUUAAAGAGGUUAUCCCUCAGUUAUCUUGUCCAAUUGCCUUGUUUACGUAUUACAAUCCGAUCCUGAGGCGGGGAGUAGAGAACUAUAUGACUAUUAUAAAAGAGGCUGGAGUUCAUGGCCUUCUUGUUCCUGAUGUGCCGCUGGAGGAGACUGAGACUCUGCGGAGUGAAGCUCGGAAGCAGCAGAUUGAACUAGUACUGCUCACAACACCCACAACCCCGAAACAUCGAAUGACCGCCAUUGUUGAAGCAUCUGAAGGGUUUAUCUAUCUUGUAAGUUCAGUAGGAGUUACUGGUACAAGAGAGUCUGUUAACGAACAAGUCCAAUCUCUUCUACAACAAAUCAAAGAGGCAACAAGCAAACCGGUCGCAGUUGGAUUUGGCAUAUCAAAACCUGAGCAUGUGAAACAGGUUGCUGAAUGGGGAGCAGACGGCGUCAUUGUUGGUAGCGCGAUGGUUAAGAUCUUGGGUGAGUCUGAAUCAUCUGAGAAAGGAUUAAAGGAGCUAGAAGUCUUCACUAAAUCCUUAAAGUCUGCUCUGGUUUCUUGAUUCUUGAAUACACAAUGAUUUUCUCUUUAUUGAAUGCAAAGAACCAGAUGAGACCACCAUUGAUUCUUAAUAUUAUAACAUCCAUCUCCAAAUAAAAA